AUGAGCGCGGCUCGACCUCAUCUACUACUCUUGCUCGUGCUUGGUCUGAGUAGUGUACAUACCCUCGCCUCGGGUGACAAUUCCACUAACGAGGAGGAUGCAAGUAAAGAAGCAACGACGAUAACCCUUUCAAGGGCAAAGCGCCAAUGCUGCUAUCAAGCUCAGACCAGUUGCUGCCCUCAACAAGCACAACAAUGCAAUUGUGUUGCUCUACAGUUACAGGUGCAACAAUGCGACUGCGCCAAUAUGCUGCAACCACAGUGUGGCUGUCAAAUGCCGCCAAAUCCUAGCUGUAACUGCGUCCAACUGCAACAGCAGUACUCGAGCUGUGGAUGUGGUCCCCUGACGUAUCAGGUUUCCUGCAGUCAGUGCCAGCAACCACAACAGAUGUGCGCUCCGUCAUGCAUGCCAUCCUGUCAGCCGGGUUGCAUGCAGCAGCCACAACCGCAGCUCAUUCUCGUACAGCAACAGCCUCAGCAGCAGUGCGCUCCGGCUUGUAUGCCGGCAUGUCAGCCACAGUGCAUCCAGCAGGCUUGUGCUCCUGCCUGCCAACCCAUGUGCACGCCACAAUGCAUCCAGCAGCAGCAGCCACCACAGAUAAUCGUCGUUCAGCAACAACCACAGCAGCAGUGUGCACCAGCCUGUAUGCCGUCUUGCCAGCCUCAGUGUAUUCAGCAAGCCUGCGCCCCUGCUUGUCAGCCGAUGUGUGCGCCUCAGUGUGUGGAACAGCAACAGCAGCAGAUCAUUGUUGUCCAGCAGCAACCCCAGCAGCAGUGUAUUCCUGCGUGUAUGCCUGCUUGUCAGCCUCAAUGUAUCCAGGCUUCGUGUGGUGGCAACUGCAACCAGCAACCUCAGCAAAUCAUCGUAGUCCAGCAACAGCCCCAGCAACAAUGUGCUCCUGCCUGCAUGCCGGCUUGCCAACCGCAGUGCAUCGAACAGCAGCAACAACAGAUAAUCGUGGUCCAGCAACCUCAACAACAGUGUGCUCCGUCGUGCAUGCCAUCAUGCCAGCCCCAAUGCGUCCAGCAAGCUUGCGCUCCAGCCUGCCAGCCCAUGUGCACACCGCAAUGUGUAGAACAGCAACAGCAGCAAAUCAUAGUCGUUCAGCAGCCACAGCAACAGCAAUGUGCUCCAGUCUGCCAGCCAUCCUGCGCCCCUCAAUGUGUCCAGCAGCAGCAAAUCUGCGCCGCUGCUUGCGAGCCAAGCUGUCAGAGCUCAUGCGGUUCCAACACUCAAUGCGUACAGGCUUGCCUGCCGAGCUGCGAGUCCUCUUGUGUGCAGCAGGCAAACCCCGUUAUAGUUGUCCAGCAGGCUUCCCAGAACAACUGUCCUGCUCCAUGCCAGCCGUCCUGCACUCCUCAGUGUAUACAACAACAGCAGAUCUGUGUGUCAGCGUGCCAGCCGUCCUGCCAAAGCUCAUGUGGUGGUAACCAGCAGUGUGUGCAGUCUUGCAUGCCAAGCUGCCAGGCUUCCUGCACCCAACAAACUCAGCCGGUGAUCGUCGUUCAACAGCAACCUCAACAGCAACAGUGUAUGCCAGCCUGUCAGCCAUCUUGUCAACCUCAAUGUGUGCAGCAACAACAGGUCUGCGUCCAAGCAUGUCUCCCGAGUUGUCAGAAUUCUUGUGGUGGAAACUCACAGUGUUCACAAACCUGCCAGAGCAGUUGCGAGCAGUCCUGUGGCACACAACAAGUCGUCGUUCUCCAAGCUCAGCCAAUUUGUGGGCAGGCCUGCCAGGCCGCUCCUGUGAUGCAGUGCGUUCCUCAAUGUCAGCCUUCAUGCCAGCCUGCUUGCGUUGCGCAAGCGCAGACAUACAUACAACCGCCAGCCGUCGUAAUGUGCUCUCAGCCAGCUGGACAGUGUGCUUGUAGCUCUGGAUACUCGCAAUGUAUGCAAGGAGUGUGCUGCCUACGAAAGCGACACCGCCAAGCAAAAACUGCUAAAGCCGUUUAA